AUGAAACGGCUUUAUAGUCCUGUGGUGACACAUUUGAGUAAUGGCAUUAGAGUGGUUACCGACUCUACGCCGGGCCAUUUUUCAGCGCUAGGUGCAUACAUUGAUGGCGGGUCGAGGUAUGAAACCUCUUCGACGUUAGGGCUUAGCCAUAUCCACGACCGGCUUGCCUUCAAAUCGACGAGAAACUAUUCUGGAGUCGAGAUGAUGGAGCAGUUGCAGAAGCUCGGAGGCAACUAUAUGAGUUGUGCGCAACGAGAGUCGAUGAUCUACCAAGCAAGUGUUUUCAACAAGGAUGUGGAGAGUAUGAUGGAUAUGCUUGCAGAGACUAUCCAGAACCCGCGCUUUACCGAGAGAGAGUUUUUGGAAGCGUUGCAAACUGCGGAUUACGAGGUGCAAGAGUUGGAGUAUAAGCCGCAGAUCUUGCUUUCGGAGAAGUUGCACGAGGCUGCAUAUAAGGGCGGUUUAGGGAACUCUCUAUUCAUCAAGAGAGAAAGAAUUCCAGACCUAAGGAGAAGUGAUGUUGUGGAGUACCAUAGAGAGUUUUUCCAGCCAAGCAAUAUAGUGGUGGCGAUGGUGGGUGUACCAGAGGAGAAAGCCAUCAGGAUGGUGGAGGAAAAGUUCAAUGGAUCUCCAUCAGGCAAGGCCAGGGAACGAGUUGGUUCUUAUAUUGGGGGAGAGGUGUGUGUCCCCCACCAAGUGCCGCUUUAUGCCAACCAGCCCGAGCUUUACCACAUGCAAGUUGCAUUUCAGACCACGGGGUUAUUGGAUGACGAUUUGUAUGCGUUAGCGACAUUACAGAAACUUCUUGGUGGCGGGUCCUCGUUCAGUGCCGGGGGUCCAGGGAAAGGGAUGUUUCUGAGACUUUACACAAACGUGUUGAACCGGUGUCAUUAUGUCGAGAGCUAUUAUUGGGCAAGAGCUAGUCAAGUUAGUGGAGGGGGAGAUUGGGGAGGAGGAGGUGCAGCGAGCCAAGAACCAGCUCAAGAGUUCAGUGUUGAUGAAUAUGGAGAGCAAAUUGGCGCGGUUAGAGGAUUUGGGUCGGCAGGUGCAGUGUCAAGGGAAGGUGACGAGUAUAGAUGA